CCCUAUGAGGUCUCCAGAGAGGGCUGAGCUGUACCUCCUGCAAUUGGAGGCAGGAAGCCUCCAAGGCCAGGCUUUCCCACAGCUGCUGAGGCCAGUGGGUUUCCUGGUCUUCAGGUGGACAUCAUUCAUUUUUUCUUUUCUUUUUGGUACUGGGGAUUGAACCCCGGGUCUUGCACAUGCUAAGCACACGUUCCACCACUGAGUUAGUCCUUUAUUUUUUUAGCUAAUUAUUUCUGAUUCCAGUGCCUGGGAAAACACAAAUUCAGAACUGCUGAAGUCUGUCAAUGACAGGGGACAGAUGUCCUGUCAGUCACAUUCCAUGGGAUAUAUGCCCUGAUUGAGGUCUUACAGGGGUUGUGGGAGUCCAGAGGAUAGAGGGACAGAGGGGAGUAGCUAUGGAUAAGAUGCCUCCAUUUGAGUUUGAAGGAUGAGCAGAGGUUCAGAAGUUUGAAGGAAGCAUUUGACAGAGCCCCACUUUGGACCAGCAGGCACACACUCUGUCCCCCAAGCCUAACUGUCCCUUGGGUCAUGGGCUUGCUCAGAGGAAGCUGUUUCCUUCUAGGGGCUGUGAGUCAGUGCUGGGGACAGCUGAGAUCCUGUCCAGAGGCGGGUGCGGGAGUGGUCACAUACCGCUGUGUCCUCUGGUCCCCCAGGUGGUGGCUGCGGGAUCAGAAUUCGCCUUGCCCUCUUUGCCAUCCUGGAGAACACUUUUCUAACUGGCUAGUGGCCUGUCUGGCUUCCUCAUGUUGCAUCAGACUCUGGGCUUUUUGAGGGCAGGACUGUGUUGUUUGUUACCCAUGGGGCACUGAGGGACCUCUGUGGAUGUUGGGGAGGGGAAGGAGUAUCUCCUUAUGACUGCUGGGACCCUGGCAUUUUUCAUUCAUUGCCGUGUUUUAGUCUUGCACUACCCUGGCAUGGAAGCUUAUUGGGGAAGGGGGUUUCCACCUUAGAGAAGCUGACGUUCUUGUAGGACAAUAAAAUGCACUUGUCUGCGCUUCCUGGCCAAGAUGGGAUUAGGCCUCUUGGCUCCCUUUCUGCUCUUGCCAGCCCAGGCAGCUAUGGGACUGUGGCUGGCCACCCUCUGACUUGGCCUGGUCUGCUAACGGGGUUGCCUUGUUCAAGGGGAGGCAAGAGGAACCCUGGCUUGGGUAGGAGUCCUCUUCUCUCAUCCAGAAUGCGGGGAGUGGGGCCUUCUGCCCACCACACACCCCCGCCUGCCACCUAAUCCCUGGCUGGAUCGUGUGACCCGCUUGGCAUUCUCCUGCCUGGAAUCUGGCUUCUGACAGCAGUUGCUAUAUCGGGGAGCGGGCACCGCCCUAGACACGCUAAGCCCCCACCCUUACCCCCUGCUUUGCUCUUAUUCACUUCAAGGCAGAUCACAGUGGCAGCUUGGAGCUGGACAUCUAGGUCCCUAAAGUGAUCUCUAGGUUCCAGCCCCAAAUCUGCCACCAUUCCGUGCUGCGGGGACACCAUGGCUCCAGAAGAGGACGCUGGAGGGGAGGCCUUCGGGGGCAGUUUCUGGGAGGCUGGCAACUAUAGACGGACAGUGCAGCGGGUGGAGGAUGGGCACCGGCUGUGUGGAGACCUGGUCAGCUGCUUCCAGGAGCGUGCUCGCAUUGAGAAGGCCUAUGCCCAGCAGCUGGCUGACUGGGCUCGUAAGUGGAGAGGCGCCGUGGAGAAAGGCCCCCAGUAUGGCACGUUGGAGAAGGCCUGGCAUGCCUUCUUCACCGCAGCUGAGCGGCUGAGCGAGCUGCACCUGGAGGUGCGGGAGAAGCUGCAUGGGCCAGACAGUGAGCGAGUUCGCACCUGGCAGCGGGGGGCCUUCCACCGGCCAGUGCUGGGUGGCUUCCGCGAGAGCCGGGCUGCAGAGGAUGGCUUCCGCAAGGCCCAGAAGCCCUGGCUAAAGAGGUUGAAGGAGGUUGAGGCUUCCAAGAAGAGCUAUCAUGCAGCCCGGAAGGAUGAGAAGACAGCCCAGACCCGGGAGAGCCAUGCAAAGGCAGACAGCGCCACGUCCCAGGAGCAGCUGCGUAAACUGCAAGAGCGGGUGGGACGCUGCACCAAGGAGGCAGAGAAGACAAAAAUGCAGUACGAGCAGACGCUGGCUGAGCUGCAUCGCUACACACCGCGCUACAUGGAGGACAUGGAGCAGGCCUUUGAGAGCUGCCAGGCUGCUGAGCGCCAGCGACUUCUCUUCUUUAAGGAUAUGCUACUCACCUUGCACCAGCACCUUGACCUCUCUAGCAGUGACAAGUUCCAUGAACUUCACCGAGACCUGCAUCAAGGCAUCGAGGCAGCCAGUGAUGAGGAGGAUCUGCGCUGGUGGCGCAGCACCCACGGGCCGGGCAUGGCCAUGAACUGGCCACAGUUUGAGGAGUGGUCCUUGGACACACAGAGGACAAUCAGCCGGAAGGAGAAGGGUGGCCGGAGCCCCGAUGAGGUUACUCUGACCAGUAUCGUACCUACAAGAGAUGGCACUGCACCCCCACCCCAGUCCCCUGGGUCCCCAGGCAGUGGACAGGAUGAGGAAUGGUCAGAUGAGGAGACUCCCCGGAAGGCUGCCAUUGGGGUGCGGGUGCGGGCACUCUAUGACUACGCUGGCCAGGAAGCUGAUGAGCUGAGCUUCCGAGCAGGGGAAGAACUGCUGAAGAUGAGCGAGGAGGAUGAGCAGGGCUGGUGCCAAGGCCAGUUGCAGAGUGGCCGCAUUGGCCUGUACCCUGCCAAUUAUGUGGAGUGUGUGGGUGCUUGAGUACCCUGACAGUCCUUCUGCGAUGUCUCUCCACCCUGGGUCAGAGCCCAGCUGCUCUUGGACAACCGGACCUGAGGGCCCUGAACCAUCUUGCUGCUGCUGUCCCUCUGCUGGAGGAGGGAAGAAGUCCUGGGACCCAGGGAAGGGAGGGGCCUGUGUCUAGGAUGGGGCUGGUAGGGAAGGGCCAACUGAGUGUAGGCCAAGAGCAGGAUGGGAGGUCAGAGGUAAAAGAAGGGUUUAAGGAUGCCUGGGCCUCCCUGGGAGCACUUUGGUUCUCUCCAAGAGCAGAGGAUCCAGCUCCUGGACUGUUUGGGGGCUCUUGGGGGUUGGCUGGGGGUGAGCAUAGUUCUGGGCUUGCAGUACCCUCUUUUGUGACUUACUCUAGUGUGUAUUAAACUUGAUCAAAAAGAAAAAAAAAGAAAGAAAGAAAAGAAAAAAG